GAGGAAUGCGGUCGCCCCCCUGGGAAGGUACAUAUCAGAGAGCAGCAGGCAGCUCCGCGCUCGCACUCCGGCUCUGCCACCCCGCCGCGCUCGUGUCUCCUCUCCCUCCGCUGCCUAAGGGCCCCUCACCACCGCCACCAUGGACGCCAUCAAGAAGAAGAUGCAGAUGCUGAAGCUCGACAAAGAGAAUGCCUUAGACCGCGCGGAGCAGGCGGAGGCUGACAAGAAGGCAGCGGAAGACCGGAGCAAGCAGCUCGAGGAGGACAUCGCAGCGAAAGAGAAGCUGCUGCGGGCGUCGGAGGACGAGCGGGACCGGGUGCUGGAGGAGCUGCACAAGGCAGAGGACAGCCUCCUGGCUGCCGACGAGACCGCCGCCAAGCUGGAAGAUGAGCUGGUGUCACUGCAAAAGAAACUCAAGGGCACUGAAGACGAACUGGACAAAUACUCCGAGGCUCUCAAAGAUGCCCAGGAGAAACUGGAACUGGCGGAGAAAAAGGCCACAGAUGCUGAAGCGGACGUGGCUUCUCUGAACAGACGCAUCCAGCUGGUUGAGGAGGAGCUGGACCGCGCUCAGGAGCGCCUGGCCACAGCUCUGCAGAAGCUGGAGGAGGCCGAGAAGGCGGCCGACGAGAGCGAGAGGGGCAUGAAAGUCAUUGAAAGCCGAGCCCAGAAGGAUGAAGAAAAGAUGGAGAUUCAGGAGAUCCAGCUGAAAGAGGCCAAGCACAUUGCUGAAGAUGCCGACCGCAAGUACGAAGAGGUGGCCCGCAAGCUGGUCAUCAUCGAGAGCGAUCUGGAGCGUGCAGAGGAGCGGGCUGAGCUCUCUGAAGGCAAAUGUGCCGAGCUUGAAGAAGAGUUGAAAACGGUGACGAACAACUUGAAGUCACUGGAGGCUCAGGCUGAGAAGUACUCGCAGAAGGAAGACAAGUACGAGGAGGAAAUCAAGGUUCUCUCUGACAAGUUGAAGGAGGCCGAGACUCGGGCUGAGUUUGCAGAGAGAUCAGUAACUAAGUUGGAGAAAAGCAUCGACGACUUGGAAGAGAAAGUGGCUCACGCCAAAGAAGAGAACCUUAGUAUGCACCAGAUGUUGGAUCAGACCUUACUGGAGCUAAACAACAUGUGAACCCUCCUUAGCUGCGGCCACACUCUCUCGUCUCCCUCCCGUUGUUUUAUUUUGUUUUUAAACACCUGCUUACCUGUGAAACCCCUUCAAUGCAUUUUUAUAUACUUUUACCACUGUCACUGAGACAUCCGCAGGGAGCCAGCUAGGGCAGGGGAUGGGGGAAACACACAGAAAGGCAAGCCCCAGGCGGGGCACUUACUACUUAACCGUGCCAUUUCCCAGGUGGACGUUGCCACACUUCAUAGAGCUUAGGUGUGCA